AUGUCUGCGGCAGAACCUCUCCCGCCCUCCGACGUCGCCAGCGUCUCCUCCGAGGUGGCUGACGACCAGGUGGCGAUGGCCGAGUCCUUUGUCGCAGUCACCGCAACCUUUUCUCCCCUCCCAUCUCCCCUCCCCUCUUCCCUCACCACCUCCAGCAUGUCCAUCAUCCCCGCCGUUGCACCCAUGUUCGACCUACUCGGCGACGAGGACGACCUCCCCGUCGCCUCCUUCCAAGGUCAGGCCGCCGGCCCCAAGCUCACCCACGACGAGUCCGUCAGCGGGUGGCAGGCCCUCGCCGACUACAUGCCCUCCCCGUCUCCUUCUCCUUCACCGUCACUCUCACCUUCCCUCUCCGAUAUCGAGCGCCCGAGCUCGUCCCCCGUCUCCAUGCCCACCUCGUUCCUCGAGGUCGUCUACUCGCCCCUCAUCAUGCCCCAGCGGCCCGUCAGCGAGCCCGGAACGGCCCGCUCGCGCACCUCCAGCCCCAUCCCCGAGGCCGGGGUGAAGCAAGACGACAACGUCGAUGGCGAGCUUGCAGCGCUCCUCAGCACGAUCAUCUUCGAUACUCCCAACAACGAGCCUGUCCCCGUCUCGGUCCCAACCUCUGUCCCGGACGCGGCAGCGCCUCCCGCGCCUCCCAACCUCAUGGACGCUGCGCCCAGUCCAGUGGACGCGCCCGUCCUCGUGGGCCAGUCAAGCGUGCCAGACGUGGCCGUGGACGUCGCCGUGGCCAUGGAUCCCAUGCCUGACCAUUCUGACAUGGACGUUGCUCCCACAGCCUUCCUCGAGCCACACGACUCCGACGAUGACAGGGGCACGCGCUCGUCGGCGCCUUCGCCCUCGCCCUCGCCGCCACCCUCCCCUCCUCCCGGCGACAGCUGUGGCGUGUCCUCGACCGACGUCGAGCCCGCACACACCACCCAGGCGGACAUGUCGGUGGACAGCGAGCACGACCACACUGCCUCCAGCGAGACGGGGCACGAGGGCGUGCACAAUGUGGCUGGUCAACAGGGUGAGAGAAGUGGGACCGAUGGUGUGCAGAACAACGAGGAGGUGCACGGCGUGUCUUUGUACCAUUCAAGUGAGGACGACGACGGCGAGGUCCAGUAUGCCGACUGUGGCGAGCACCAUGAGCGUCUCGAUGGGUGUGUCGAGAACCGAGUAGUCGUGUACCAUCCGAGUCUCGAGCAGGAGCAAGAUGCCGAGGGCGGCGAGGGCGCCGAGGGCCUCCAGCACGUCCAGCACGAUACUGCCGACGACACCGCGACAAGUAAGGAUGUCAUCGAGAACGCUGAUGAGCAGCUCCACGAGGACGACGUCUCCUCUAACCCUGCCUCGACCGCCCACGAGUUCACCCCGCCUCUCACACCGCCGCGCAGCCCGGUCACCCCACCGCGCACUCCGCCACCUGCGGUUGCCAACAAGGAGGACGACGGCGAGAAGCCCAAGCCCGACCACUCGCUUCAGAACAGCCUCGACGAGGUCAACGAGUUGGAGGGGGCGUGGAUGGACUUUCGCGAGAGCAUGGCCGUCUUUGGCGGCUGCAUGGAGGAAGUCCUCGUGCGCAUCUCCCACGAGCUCAAGAGCCACUCAUGUGCGGCAUCUGGCGUUCCCGCCCUCGUCGCGGCGCCUGCUCCUACUCCUGCUCCUGCACCUUCCCCGCCCACGGUCGACCCCGAGAUGCAGCAGCAGGUAAUCCGCCUCACCCGCGAGAACCAGCUGUUCGGCACGCGAGUGCUCAAGGCCGAGACGGAGGUACGCGAGGCCAACACCCAAAGGCAGAGGAUGGAGCAGGAGCUCGCCCGCGUCGUUCGCACGCUCGAGGAGGAGCGCGAGAAGAGUGGCCAGGCUGUCGACAUGCUGGAGCGCUCAGAGGCACACCGCAAGACGUACAAGAAGGGCUACAAGAGCCUCAGCAGUCGGUUUGUGGCCCUCGAGGAGGACUAUGCGCAGCUCACCAAGGACUCGGGGGCACUCAAGCAGGAGGUCAAGGACCCCUCUGGCUUUGCCAUCGUUCUUAUGGAGGGCGAGGCGCGCAUGCAAGUCGGUCGUGGCUACGAGGGAGGCGCCGCCACGGCAGCUCUUAUCCGCAGCGAGGCCGAGCGUCUGGUCAAGCUCAUGGCGCUCGGUACCGAGGUGACGGCCAUGAUCCACCUGUUCCUCGACCUUGAGAAGACCAUCAACGAGCUCCUCGAGACCGGCGUGAUCAAGUCUGUCAGAGACUUUGAUGAUUUUCUCGAGGGCUUCUCCUCUGCCGACGACCAGAUUGUCAUCUCCGACACCACCGGGCUGUUUGGCGCGUCGAUCAAGAUCAGAGCCAAGAUGAACAUGCUCGGCAGUCUGCGGCCUUGCAAGCUGGUCUUACUCGUCGCUGGACAGGACCGCCAGUAUCUCGACACGAUCGGGCGGCUCGGCGACGAGGUCAAGAGCAAAGUGUUCGUCGCACGCUCCACUGGCGUUGCCGACGUCGACAGCGAUCCCUUCCAAGCGCUCGGUAACGGCCGCCUAUUCUACAUUCCCUUCCUUUUCCCGACGACUCCACUCGAGUGGAGCCAGCUCCGCAGCAGCAAAGGGCGCACUGUCAACAACAUCAACGGCAACAACGGCCCCGUCAACCGCGCGCCCAACAAUGCGACCCCACGCCCCACCAACAACAAGACUCACGACGAACGCCCCAAGCAAGCGUAUCCGCAGGUGCCACAAGUGCCCAUGGGCUCUCCGAUCCCCUUCACCCCCAUGCCCACUGGCUCCACCAACCGCUCGGCCUCGGUGGUCAAUGGCUAUCAGGCUUCCGACGUCUCCGGCACGGGGUACCAGAGCACAGUCAACACGGAGACGGCCCCGUACGGCCGUCUCCAGUCCGAGGCGAGCUGGGCCUCGUCCAAAAAGUACCCCGAGUCGUCUGUCGUUAGCCACAUGGAAGCCUCGGCAGAGACGUACUUUCAGGACCGCGAGCGGGUCUCCCGCCAGCGCCCGCCGCCUCCCAAGCCCGCAUCGAGGCAGCCGGCCGCCCCGCCCUGGCAGGAGAUUCGCGCCUCGCAAGGCCCCACCGGCGGUGGUGGGGGUUACUCUACUUCGCGCGCUGCUGAUAUCCCUCUACGCCGGCCGGUGGGUAUUCGCCUGGCGCACGACCAAAUGUCCGUCGGCGGCAGCCCGCCGUCGAGCGACGACGACGAGCCGCUCCUCAGCCACGUCCCCGCCGCGUCGCGCACGCACGUCAUCCGCCCGCCGCAGUUUUACGACGCGAUCGAGCGGCCUCCCAGCACGGGCUCGCUGAUAUCGACUGUCACGACGGGGACCGUCAAGGGCGGCGGCCGGGGUGGCGGUGGGCCUCCUGCGGGCUUCAGGCUCGCGCCGACGUACGGCAACAACAGCACCAGCUAUGGCGGCGGCCCGCACCGCGAGGUGCGCCACGCCGACCUCGCUGGUAACCGCCAGAUUAGCCCCGAGGCCAAGGUCAAGCAGUGGCAGACAUUUAAGUGA